GGCUGAGGGCGUACUUGAAUUCCCAGGUUGGAAGAUUAUCUCAUUCAGCAGAAGUUCCUCCAGAGAUAUAUAAGCUAAACUAGAUUGGCAUGUCUCAGUAAAGCUGCCUUGGGGCUUGGGAGGCAUAUUCCCUUAAAGGAGUACUACACACCACCAUCACCAACUAUGAUGAUGCUAAGGGUAGAAGAGCUGGUGACAGGCAAGAAGGUAGAUGGGAGAGGAACUGGAGACUUUCUCCUAGAGGAUUUCAAAAAUGGAGAGUAUGAAGCUGCUGUGAGGUUAGAGAAACAGGAGGAUUUGAAGACACUUACAGAUCACUCCUUCACACGGCGCAAUCUGACCUACAAAGAAGAAAAAGAGCUAGAAGCACAGCUAAAGAAGAAGAAACUAGAAGAGCGACCAAAACUUGAAAACUUAGAAGAUCUUGAAAAAAUUAUCCAACUGAAGAAAAGGAAAAAAUACAAGAAAGUCAAAGUGCCUGUUUUAAAGGAGCCUGAACAAGAGGUUAUAACAGGUCCUGUGAACAUUCCUAUGUUUUUAAAGGCUUCCUUGGAAAAUAAGAUGCCAGUAAUUGAAAAAUAUUUAUCAGACAAAGGAGAUCCAGAUGCAUGUGAUGAGUACAUGCGCACUGCAUUACAUCGAGCGUGCUCAGAAGGACACCUGGCAGUGGUGGAAAAGUUAGUAGAAGCUGGAGCCAAACUUGAAUUCCAAGAUAUGCUUGAAUCAACAGCUAUUCACUGGGCAUGUCGUGGUGGAAAUGUGGAAGUUCUGAAGUACUUGCUGAACAAAGGAAUAAACAGAAAUGCUAGAGACAAGCUGCUCAGCACACCUUUGCAUGUGGCAGUGAGGACAGGCCAGUAUGAUUGUGGAGAACACCUCAUCGCCUGUGAAGCAGAUCUCAAUGCCAAAGACAGAGAAGGAGAUACUCCAAUGCACGAUGCAGUGAGGCUGAAUCGCUAUAAAAUGAUUAGACUCCUGAUUAUGUAUGGAGCCAACCUAAAUGUGAAGAAUACUGAAGGGAAAACUCCCAUGGAUCUUGUUCUUCAAUGGCAAAAUGGCACCAAAGAAAUCUUCAACAGCCUGAAGGAGAACUCAUACAAGAGCUCCCCUAUAGACACAUUCUGAACUCUUUAAGAUUCAAAAAUCAAGGAGAUUGACAGCAACCUUGUCAAUGGCACAAUUACCAUCAGGAAGGACCAGCAACAGUACAAAGGAUGCCACCUUCAGGGAACGCAACAACCGUUUAUUUUGCUGGAUUGUGUAAAGCUGCCUUUGUUAAGAGUCAGAAGGAACAAACAAGAAGCGAGGACAAAAUGGUUUUCAAUGACGCAGCUUGAACAUUCGAGUUCUGCUGAUUUCAAGUUGCUUUAUUUAUUUAUUCCUAUUUAUAUUUUGUAUUCCAUUCCUUUCUCUCUCCCCCUCCCUUUUCUUGGCUAGUGCUCCAUUGGCAGUUAUUCUUUGUUGAUCUUUUCAGUAAGUCAAGUUGGCACCACCGUUAGCAAGAGAGCUUGAGUUACUGAUGUGCUAAUCAGAAUCAGCCAGUGUUAAGCUGGGUUUUUUAAAAUAAAAGACAACAGCAGUUCAGAGUAUAUUAGUAGCUUCCCUUUAAGCACUCUUUUAAUUUGAAGGUGUUUGGAACCAUCACCGGGUUUCUGCUGAUUUGCUGGUGUAAACUAUAAGAAACUGAGGCUGGAGAAACAGCAGGAAGGCAGAGAAUGUUAACUCCAAUUAAGGAGAACUGAUGAGGGAAAUGGUUCUCUCUUUUGGCCCUUACUUCUCUUGAAAUUUAACAAAAGAGAAGAACCACUUCCCUCAUUAGUUCUCCUUAAUUGGAGUUGGCAUUCUCCGCCUUCCUGCUGUUUCUCCAGCCUCAGCUUCUUAUAGUUUACACAGUAAACUCACCUUCUUUCAAUCAGAUGUCACAGAGCUGUUUGCAUUACAAAUUUCAAUGAAAGAAUGUUUGUGUAGGUAAGAGGAGGGCAGGGCAAAAAAGACGCACAAGGAAGUACACUGUUGUCAAAUACUGAGAAGUGGAAGAAAUGGCAAUGUAUAUUUGUACGGCUUUUCAUGCACAUUUUUGUAGUAAAUUUUAAGAUUUCAAA